UAAAAGUCAAAAUUAUUGUUCUGUUAAAUCUGUUGUAUAUGUUUCUUGUGGGUAGAAGUGUUGCCCUUGCUAGUUUCGGGACCAGAAGCCACUUUGGUUUUAACUAUGAUAAACAAGGAAGGGACUGGACAGUUGAGGGCGGUCAGAGACAAUCGCCAAUUGCACUUUGGUCGUGUAAUACCGUUUCCUGUAAUGUCCCAAAAUUGGAGCUGGUAAACUACAAUAAACGUUUGUGCGAUCCCUUAUCCGUGAUCAAUAAUGGCUUAACUGUCCUCAUGAGAAUUCCAAACACUGUGGAGGGAAAACAGCCGUCGCUUUGUAUCAGCAGUGAGUUUGGACACGUCUUCGAGGCCCAGCAGCUGCAUUUCCAUUGGGGUUCCGAGCUCUUCAAAGGAUCCGAGCACAACUUGGAUGGGCGUUUCUAUGACGGGGAGUUGCACAUAGUGCAUAAGAAUGCCAGUUUCAAAACCAACCAGGAAGCUGCUCUGAAUUGCAAUGGAUUUGCCGUUUUGGCUGUGCUAUUGAGGACUCCAGAGAAUCCGAAAAAUCAGUCGCCAGCUAUGAACGAGAUCUGCAAACAGGUGUCUAAAAUAUCUGAAUUGAAUGAUAGCCAAGCUCUGGAGGAGAGUAUGUCCUUGGAAGAUCUAAUUGUUGGCGUAGACACCCAAAAAUACCUGACCUAUCAAGGUUCCCUUACUACACCGCCUUGUGCUGAAGCCGUCAUUUGGUUUGUGUUCCAGACACCGCUCGAUGUACCCAAGGAACACUGGCAAAACUUCUGGCAGCUGAGGGAUUAUCGUGGAAAGCGGGUCCUAAACACCUAUCGGGUUUUACAAGAGGACCAUGAACGACCUGUAUAUCGAAGUAAGGGCAGUGAAGUCUGCCCAUCCAAGUGAAAGUCUAGUGAUGUAUCAAAAGUCGCCAAAUGUAUAGCAUAAUAAAUUGUUUAAAGUGCAA